AUGUAUGUAUUCCUUCUUUACAACUCUGAAGUAUAUGUAAAAAACGAUUUUAACAAUUGGGACAAGUUACCUAUUGAAAAAGUCCACUUUAGAUUCUGCAAACUAUAUCUAGGUGUUGGUAAAAAAGCUAGCAAUAUCGCCUCAAGAGGUGAACUUGGAAAAUUCCCUCUAAUUAUUAAUAUCUUCAAAAGACUUUUCAAGUACAUCACUCAUUUGAACUCUUUAUCGGAAACAGCAAUUGCCAAACAAGCUUUCCUAAUCUCAAAAGAUUUGUUUACUAAACAGAACACUUCUUAUUAUAGAAAAGCAAUGGAUAUUUUGAAAGCAUUUAACCUCAACACAGAAAUCACUGACUUGGAAUCAAUCACAACUGAACUUAUUCAACCUAUUACCAAACGUCUUAAAGAAAAUUACCUCACAUUUUGGAAACACAAACUUGAAAAUUCCUCGAAACUAACCUUUUAUUCAACCAUCAAGAUAGAUUACGAAGUAGAAAAGUACUUAUCUAUAAUAAAAGACUCAAACAAAAGGAAAACCUUAACACGAUUCAGAUUAAGUAACCAUAGCCUUCAGAUUGAAACUGGUAGAUACCAUAAUAUAGCCCGAGAAGAACGACUGUGUAACCUUUGUCACUCGGGAGAAGUCGAAAAUGAAUCUCACCUCCUCCUCACUUGCGAGGCUUACGGUGACACUCGAGUAAACUUUAUAAACAGUCUAAAAAACGAUCUCACUACUACUGAGACAAACUUAAACGAACCAACUUUAUCAGUUGACAUAAUGAAGUCAACUGCUAGUAACACCACCCUGAAAUUAUCGAAAUUUAUUUUUUCGUGUUUUGAGGAAAGACUUAAACAACUUGAAGCCGGGAAUGCUGGUAGUCAUUAG